UCGACGCUGCUGCGGGUUCUGCUGCUGCUGAACAAAUAUUGGCUGUCUUCAGUCAGGAAAGGUACGCUUUUGAUUAGAUAUGACAGAUAUGAAGGAUUCACAUUUUCCCCUUAAACUGCUAAUGCUGCUUCUGUGUCAGACUGUUGUUAGUUGGGGUCAGGCAAACAUCACCAGCAUGCUGGCACCACAGGCAGAUCGGGUCAUGUCGCUUGGAGAAUGGGAGGAACGCUGGCAGGAGGGCAAAAUUGGUUUCCACCAGUCCAAUGUACACAAGAUGCUGGAGAACAAUAUUGAUAAAGUUCUUGCUGGACGGACAGGAGUUCGCUUUUUCUUCCCUCUCUGUGGGAAAGCUGUAGACAUGAAGUGGCUAGCAGACAUGGGACAUUCAGUGGUCGGGGUGGAGAUAGCUGAAAAGGCCAUUCAGCAGUUCUUUGAGGAAAAUAACAUGACCUACAGUGUGGAGCCUGUCCCCGCCAUACCUGGAGCAAAGGUUUACAAGAGCACAGAGAAAAAUAUCUCCUUAUAUCAAUGUGACCUGUACAGCUUCUCUAGUUCCAUUGAAGGUCAGUUUGGGGCAAUUUGGGACCGCGGAUCCCUAGUGGCCAUCAACCCAAAAGACAGAGAAAAGUAUGCUGCUCUCAUAAGUUCUCUGAUGGCCAGUGACUGCAGAUACCUUUUGGACACUUUGCUGUACAAUCCUGAUUUAUAUAAAGGACCUCCCUUUUUAGUCCCUGAUGAUCAAGUCAUUCGUCUCUUUGGGGAAUGCUGUGAUAUUGAGCAGCUGCAGUCGGUGGAUGCUCUGACAGACAGACAGCGAUCCUGGGGGUUGGACUACUUCACUGAAAAUAUACACCUCAUCUCUCCAAAGAGCAAUUAAACACACGGGCUUGUAAAUUGAGAUAGCUUAGAAAAGCAGACUUUGAGCAUUUUAUUGCAAAAACUGAUUUUAAUGCUUCGACAUCUUUUUGACUCAGUUGCAGUUUUUGGGGAAAAUGAAGCCACAUGGAAAUAAAAUGUCAUUUUUUUAUUUUCUUAUAGCCUCAAAUAAUUGUAUCAUGUAAAGUUUUGAAUGCCUAAUGAAAUAAAUAAUGUUUUGUAGAAAGA